CGGCUACUCAGUCGCAGUCGAGAUCUUCAACUCUCAACAAUCUUAAUCUAAAUCAUAGAUCAUUUUAAAUAGAAUUUUCUUCUACCUACCAAUCGAAUUUUUAAAGUAUAAAAAUGUGGAGUUUUUUAUUCAUCGUAGCCAAUUUGGCAAUAUCUGUAUCUACAGCUGAAUCUGAUGUUCCUGAAUACAUAAUCCAAUGUCGUCGAUCGGACUCAAAACUGCUCGAUUGUCUAAAAGGCAGUCUGCAUCACUUGAGACCAUAUUUAGCACAAGGAAUUCCAGAAAUUGAGAUGCCAUCGGUUGAGCCAUUCAUAAUGGAUUCACUUUCGCUUCAACUAACGGGUGGACAUGACGGCUAUCGUAUAAAUUUGAAAAAUAUGGAAAUUUUUGGAGCAAGCAACUUCACUGUCAAAAGCAUUAAAUUGAGUGAGAAUAAUCGGCCAUUUGAAGCUCGUAUUGCAAUUCCACGUUUGUCAAUCCGUGCCAAAUACGCCAGUUCAGGAGUAUUGCUGAUCAUUCCAGCCAGUGGUGCGGGUGAUUUUGAUGCCGUACUCGAUGGUGUUAUUGCCGAUUUAAAAGGACAAGUUUCAACCGAAGAUAAAAAUGAUAAAACGUACUUACACGUAGAUAGCUUAGCCAUUGAAUUGAAUGUAAAAAAAGUGCGCAUGCAUAUUGCCAAGGUGUUCAAAAACAGUCGCAUUUUAACCGAAGCCACAAAUUUGUUCUUACGCGAAAAUGGUAUUGAAGUGCUCAAAGCUAUGCAGCCGCAAUUGCAGAAGAAAUUAUCGGUUGAAUUUUCGGGCAUUGCGAAUCAGCUCUUGAAGCACGUUCCCCGUGAAGCAUUCUUAAUAGAUUAAGCCAGCAAGAUCGUGAUCCAAAUAACAACAUUUUACCACAGAAAAUUUUAAUCAUCACCAAAUUUGCACUUGACGUAUGAAGUGUUGAAUGUCAAAUGCUCGUUUUAUGACGUCAAUGUAACGGCGAAGCAUCUCUAAAAUUAUUUUAUGUGACAACAACAUCAACAAACCAAAUAAUUUUAUGCCAAUCCAUAUAUUCCAUCAAAUAUUGUUAGCGAUAAAUGUGUAUUUUAAGUUCUCGACCACAAAACACAACUGCGUUUUAGGCGGCGUGUAUAUUUAUCUAUCACCAUCAUAUUACUUUCUCCAUUUGUGUGGAUACAAUACUUUCUCCUCUUUGAAAAAAAUGUUACGCAUUGUUCUUUACAAAACAAUUCAAAUCCCAUUCGACUUAAGAAAAUAAAAUUAAUUUUAUGGCUAUUUUAA